GUUCUGCCUUCUCUCCGCAUGCUCUCCCCCUCUCUCCCCCUCUCUCCGCGUGCUCUCCCCCUCCGCGUGCUCUCUUCUCUCCGCGUGCUCUCCUCUCUGUGCGCGCCCUGUGGGCUCCACACUCUGGUUGUACUAUCUACUGUGGGCUCCACUCUCUGGUUGUACUAUCUACUGUGGGCUCCACUCUCUGGUUGUACUAUCUACUGUGGGCUCCACUCUGGUUGUACUAUCUACUGUGGGCUCCACUCUCUGGUUGUACUAUCUACUGUGGGCUCCACUCUCUGGUUGUACUAUCUACUGUGGGCUCCACUCUCUGGUUGUACUAUCUACUGUGGGCUCCACUCUCUGGUUGUACUAUCUACUGUGGGCUCCACUCUCUGGUUGUACUAUCUACUGUGGGCGCCACUCUCUGGUUGUACUAUCUACUGUGGGCUCCACUCUCUGGUUGUACUAUCUACUGUGGGCUGCACUCUCUGGUUGUACUAUCUUGUGUGGGCUCCACUCUCUGGUUGUACUAUCUACUGUGGGCUCCACUCUCUGGUUGUACUAUCUACUGUGGGCUCCACUCUCUGGUUGUACUAUCUACUGUGGGCUGCACUCUCUGGUUAUACUAUCUACUGUGGGCUCCACUCUCUGGUUGUACUAUCUACUGUGGGCUCCACUCUCUGGUUGUACUAUCUACUGUGGGCUGCACUCUCUGGUUGUACUAUCUUGUGUGGGCUCCACUCUCUGGUUGUACUAUCUACUGUGGGCUCCACUCUCUGGUUGUACUAUCUUGUGUGGGCUCCACUCUCUGGUUGUACUAUCUACUGUGGGCUCCACUCUCUGGUUGUACUAUCUACUGUGGGCUCCACUCUCUGGUUGUACUAUCUUGUGUGGGCUCCACUCUCUGGUUGUACUAUCUACUGUGGGCUCCACUCUCUGGUUGUACUAUCUUGUGUGGGCUCCACUCUGGUUGUACUAUCUACUGUGGGCUCCACUCUCUGGUUGUACUAUCUACUGUGGGCUGCACUCGCUGGUUGUACUAUCUACUGUCGGCUCCACUUUCUGGUUGUACUAUCUACUGUGGGCUCCACUCUCUGGUUGUACUAUCUACUGCGACGACUCUUCUCCCUCUGUGCUCUACCCUCCGAUAUCUCCCCGUGUGAGCUUGCCGUGUCCUCUCUGUGCCGACUCCGACCUCUUGUCGCCUGUCACUCUCAGGAUCCCCGGACCGUGGCUGUGAUUGAGCCACGGUUUGACGCCGCUUCCCUCCCCCUACCCUUUACUCGGCCUUGCUCUUCGUCUCCCCUUGCCCUGCCCUUUCACCCUGCUCGUGCCCUCGGGUCCGACUACAACUGUGAGUCCUUCAAGGGCAGCGACUGGAAGCUCCGUGUGACUUUUCACCGAAGGCGACCCGGUGUGGGGGGGAGGGAGGGGGGCGGCACGGAGAGAUCCCGCAGACUCACCAUGAAGAGGCGCUAUGAUCGCCUCCAUCGUUAAGAGGAGCCGCGAUCGUCGUCUUCCACAUCUUCACUGUCAAGAGGAGGUGCACGAGUUCCGUGCGAAAUGACGUGGCCUCGCUCCCCUCU